AUGCGUGGUGCAUCCUGGCUGUUUGUCGUCCUUUCGGCCGUCCUCUGCGGCAGCGCUGAAGAGACGUCCAGGGUGGACGACGAGAAGAACGUCACCGUCCCUGGCCUUCUUACGAAGUAUGGGUAUCCGGUCGAAACAUAUGAAGUGACGACUGAAGAUGGCUACGUACUGACAAUGUUCAGGAUUCCCUAUGGAAAAAAAUCGCCAUUGACGGAAGGAGAACGCAGACCAGCAGUCCUUCUCCAGCACGGUCUCAUGAACAGCGCCGACGACUGGUUAAUCAUUGGUCCAGACAGAGCUCUCGGGUACAUUUUGGCUGAUGCUGGAUAUGACGUUUGGCUGGGCAAUAUUCGUGGUAACUGGUAUUCACAGAAGCAUCAGGAUUACUCUCCAAAAAAAGAUAAAUUCUGGAAAUUCAGCUGGCACGAGCAUGGUAUUUAUGACAUGCCGGCGCAGAUAGACCACGUUUUAAACGCCACUGGCCACAAGCAAAUAUUUUAUAUUGGGCAUUCCAUGGGAACGACCAUGUUCUACGUCGGAAUGUCUUUGAAGCAUGACUACAACGAAAAAAUUCGGGCAAUGUUCAGCCUGGCACCAAUUGCUUUCAUGAACCACAUGAAGAGCCCGCUGUUCAGAAUUUUAGCACCUUUAACAUCCGUUGUCCAGUUCGUUGCAGCUGAAGUUGUUAGGCUGCGGCCGUACACCAUUAUUGUACGCUCUCGAAUGGCAUCAUCGAAGUCAUUAACAGAUGACGAGAUGGAAAGAAUAGUGAAUGAUCCUCCGUUUUUGCAGUCUGAUGAGGAAACCACAGCAGAUGAGGAUGAAUUUAUACUAAGUGAUGAUGACUCCACCUCUGAAGCUACAUCAGAAAGUAGCUGUGAAGAAUCAGAUGAAGAGGCGUGUCACUUUAGGCAAUACAAUUAUGGCAUCUUAAAAAAUUUCAAGCGUUACGGUAAGGCUACACCGCCGGACUACAACCUUGCGAACGUCACUGCACCGGUCUAUCUUUUCUACGGGCCCAACGACUGGCUCGCUGGACCCACGGACAUCGAUCGUUUGCACAACCAACUUGGAAAUUCAAAAGAAAAGAACAAGAUUGAAUUUCCGAAAUUUAACCACUUGGAUUUUAUAUAUGGCAGAGACGCGUAUGAUUUUGUGUACAAACCAGUGUUGGACUUGAUGAACAGUUAUGAAAAAGGAACAAUAUGA